GUCUAAUGGCCACUUCGUUCAUGGCGGUCCAUCGUGCUGGUAACACCAUGCUCGCCACCACUCUCUUCAAGGGGCGUCUCCCGAUCUUCCGCUCAUCCGUCCUUGCGAACGCAAAGGUCUUGCCUUUCCUCUCCCCCAACCUCUCUUCCCGAUGCCUCAGUACGUACGCCGCCGCCGCCCCCGAUAACUUUCAGAGACACCCAUCCGCGCCGCCGCCGCCGCCGCCCCAUUCUUACGGCCCUCGUACCUUUCCACAGGACCACAGAAAUCCUAAUCACUGGUCGCCGCAAAAUCAGCACCAACGCCCGCCACCGCAAAAUCAGCACCAACGCCCGCCACCGCCUUACGACCACCGUCCUCCUUCCCCGAUAGGUGACAACCCGCCGGCUCCUCCUCCCGGCCCUGUUGACCUUCUCGCCCUUGCCCGAGAGGGUAAGCUCAAGGAAGUUGUUGGUUUGUUGGGCCAGGGCAUCUGUCCGGACCCUCCUACCUUCUUCGACCUUGUCGCUGCCUGCUCUGACCCGAAGCAUCUCGAAGAAUUGAAAAGGAUUCAUGAGUCCUUUUUCCGAUCGCCCUUCCGUGCCGACCUCCAGAUCAAUAACAAGCUGCUGGAGAUGUUCUCAAAGUGUGGCAGCAUGGUCGAUGCUCGUCGAGUGUUUGAUAGAAUGCCUGAUAGAACUAUGGAUUCCUGGCAUCUGAUGAUUGAUGGAUAUGCUGCAAAUAACAUGGGUGAUGAUGGAUUGCAGAUGUAUGAGCAACUGAGGAAGAUUGGAGUGAUGCCCAAUGGAAGGACCUUUCUUUCUGUUUUGUCCGCUUGUGCAAGCGCAGAGGCAAUCGAAGAGGGAUUCAUUCAUUUCGAGUCCAUGAGCAAGGAGUACGGGAUACCUCCACAGAUUGAGCAUUACAUUGGUUUAAUUGAAGUCCUUGGGAAAUCAGGUCACCUUAAUGAGGCACUAGAUUUCAUCAAGAAGUUGCCAUUCGAACCACCAGUUGCUGUGUGGGAAGUGAUGAUGAAUUUGGCUCGGGCUCAGGGUGAUAUAGAUCUUGAGGAUCGAGCUGGGGAGCUCAUGGUUUCCAUGGAUCCUACCAAGACUGUUGCCUCCAAGAUUCCAACACCUCCAGCCAAGAGACGAUCUGGCUUGAACAUGCUGGAAGGAAGGAACAUGCUUGCAGAAUACCGGUUGCCCCCAAAGAUUGAAAAGAAGGUGGUCAAAGAACAGGUUUAUGUGCCUGAUACUCGAUAUGUGCUCCAUGAUAUUGAUCAGGAAGCCAAGGAACAGGCAUUGCUCUACCACAGUGAGAGGUUGGCAAUUGCUUAUGGACUGAUAAGUACUCCUGCAAGGACCCCAUUACGAAUCAUCAAGAAUCUCAGAAUAUGUGGUGACUGUCAUAACGCAAUCAAGAUCAUGUCAAGGAUUGUUGGAAGAGAGCUCAUUGUUAGGGAUAAUAAACGAUUUCACCAUUUCAAGGAUGGCAAGUGCUCUUGUGGUGACUACUGGUGAAGUUUCUUAGUCCACGUACCGCCAAACCUUUUCUUCAUUGAAUUUGCAUAUUUUCUGCACAUGGACCCUCUAAGUCAUGAUGGUAAACAUUUGGGCUAGGCGCAUUUGUAUGCUUUUCAUCAAUGUCGUGGACUCACUGGUUCUUAAAUCUUAAGGCUAUUUUUGUAAGUUCAAAUACUUGCACAAGUCUACUAAAUUAUUUAUCUGUCUCUGAGUGUCUUGAACAGUAGCAUGUGGAUUGUAGUUUUCAAUUGAUAAACUGAUUCUGAA